AUGUUACCUCGUACCUCCCUAUGGUGGUUUGGGACGAACCUAUUAUAUCCUGGGAGAACAUCAUAUCUGGUCGAUGAAUCCUCAAGAACUUUCUUCGAGAAGAAUGGAGAUGGGGGUGGCCCUUCAGAAUGUGACAACCAGUACCAUUCUGAUGACACACCAAUAGUUGCACUCUCCACUGGAUGGUUCAACCACAAGAGCAGGUGCCACAAGAAGAUCACCAUACACGGCAAUGGCAAGAGUGUGGAGGCCAUGGUAGUUGAUGAGUGUGACUCCACCAUGGGGUGUGAUGCAGACCAUGAUUAUCAACCUCCUUGUACCAACAACAUUGUUGAUGCAUCAAAGGCUGUGUGGGAAGCUUUGGGUGUGCCUCAUGACCAGUGGGGUGGAUUACAAAUCACUUGGUCUGAUGCUUAA